AUGACAUUUAGAGCGCCGACCAAGAAGACUAAGACCAGGAAGCUGAGGGGUCACGUGAGCCAUGGCCACGGGCGUGUGGGUAAACACAGAAAGCAUCCUGGAGGUCGUGGAAACGCUGGAGGAAUGCACCACCACAGGAUCAACUUUGAUAAAUAUCACCCUGGGUAUUUUGGCAAAGUGGGCAUGAGACACUACCACCUGAAGAGGAACAUGACCCACUGCCCAACCAUCAACCUGGAUAAACUGUGGACGCUGGUGAGCGAGCAGACACGGGAGCAGUACGCCAAGAAGCCAGAGGGAGCAGCACCCAUCAUUGAUGCUGUUCGAGCGGGCUACUACAAAGUCCUGGGGAAGGGGAAACUGCCCAAACAGCCAGUCAUCGUCAAAGCAAAGUUCUUCAGCCGCAGAGCAGAAGAGAAGAUCCGGGCAGCUGGAGGUGCCUGUGUGCUCAUGGCCUAG